AUGGACUCCAAAGAUAGCACCAAGCCCACCAUGCCUGCAGAGCCACCUGCAUACAGGUUUAUGCCUGCAGUGCCCAAGAACCGGAAGGAGAUCAUCCUCAUCUCCGUGGUGGUGGUCCUCUUGGCCAUUAUCAUCACUGGAGCCAUUCUGAUUGGAGUUUACAUGACUCAGAAACACACUGAAAAGAUCAUCCAAAUCACCAGCAGUGGAAGCAACGGGGAAGUGACUGAGCAGAUGAUGAUGGUGAGCAGCCAGGAGAACGUGGCUGCCUUUCACAUCGAGGGCAACACAACCUCAGCGACUGUCGUGUAUGACUAUAAACACAGUCUCAUUGGCUUCCGGGUUCAGGACAGAAGGAAAUGUUUGGUUGUGAAGAUGGAUAAGGUCGCCAUACCCAGCCUGGCCGAAAUUACUCAGAGAAUUGAGAACUUCACCACACAGCAGGUCCCAGGAGACAACAGCAUGUCUUACAGCUUCCGCGAGAGGCAGCUGGCCGACCGCACGACCCUGGGCACCUCUCUGAACCUCCUAUGCAGCGAUGUCCCCAUCUACUGGGCUGAGGACAUGCAAAAAGAGCGGCGUGGAAGGAGGCUCUGUGUGGGGAUCUAUGCAUUUAGUGUUUGCUAUAAUUUUUAA